AUGGCAAAUGCUGUUAGCGAAAAGGAGUUAGAAGAGUUUCGAGAGAUGUUUGAUCUUGUGGACACCACCCGCAGCGGCCGCAUUUCCUGCACUGAGCUUCGCAGGUUGAUGGAGACACUUCGACUUCGACCCACGGAGGAGGAACUCGAGCAUAUGCUCCGUAGCGCCGACGGUAAUGAUCCAGACAAUGGUAUUGAUUUUGAUGGGUUCGUUGCUAUGAUGUCGAAGCGAGUACAGACGGAUUAUACCCCUGAACAGUUGCGUACGGCAUUCAAAUUGUUUGAAACAGAUGACAUGCCAACUGGUUUCGUCUCUACAGAAGUUUUGACGCAUGCGCUUGUAUCAUAUGGAACGGAGAAACUCACUCACGACGAUGCCAUUAGGCUUCUCUCCACUCUGGAUCCAGACAGAACAGGUCGGAUCAAUUACCUUGAGUUUGUGUCACUGGUAGGGGGCGGCGGUGUUAUGUAG